GCUCUUCUUUCUCAAUUCCCCUUCUUCCUUUCCCGUUUUCCUCACUCACUCACACACGCAACAACUACGUACACUCUCCAACUCUCUCUCUCUCUCCAGCAUUACCCUAUAAAUAAUAUAACUCGGUCACACUGCCUGAAGCUCACAAAAGCCAACUCCUUUCCACUUCCAGAACGCAUUCUAUUUAUAGUAAACCAGAGAAAGAAACGAAAGCUCGAUACUUUUGCCUUGGUUUCUUUUUUAAGCAUUUCACUGAGUCCACUACCCAUCAACAAUGGCUGACCCAACUCACUCGGAGACCGAGUCGAGCUUCAACUCCUCCUCACACUCCCCUCCUUCCCCGUCCUCAUCUGGGUUUUCCCACUCCAUUCCGAACCCCGGUCAAAAUCCACUUCGCGAAAUGUCCAACUCGCCAGACCCGGAUCAGAAGCGGGCCAGAGAAACCAGCAGCAAGCACCCGGUUUACAGAGGGGUCCGAAUGCGGACAUGGGGCAAGUGGGUGUCAGAAAUCCGCGAGCCCAGGAAGAAGAGUCGGAUCUGGCUCGGUACAUUCUCGACACCCGAAAUGGCCGCGCGUGCCCACGACGUGGCAGCGCUGACCAUCAAAGGCAACUCCGCGAUCCUCAACUUCCCCGGACUCGUCGGGUUGCUGCCUCGACCCGACUCGAACUCUCCCCGGGACAUACAAGCCGCGGCUGCCAAAGCCGCUUCCAUGGAAACUCUAAACACGCCGCCUCCUCCACCGUCGCAGUCGUCUUCGUCGUCGUCGUCAGCAUUGUCACAGUCCUCACCAUCAUCCUCAACGGUGGGUGCGACAAGUACGAGCGAGGACGCAGGAACGCCGGAGGAGCUGGAGGAGAUAGUGGAGCUGCCAAGCCUGGGAACGAGCUACGAGUCGGCCGAGUCGGGGAGCGAGCUCGUGUUUGCUGAUUCGGUGGAGGGGUGGCUGUAUCCUCCGCCGUGGUGGCACAACAGUUAUUUCGAGGAAGAUUAUGGGUAUAAUAGUCUUAUCAACAGUUUUAUUAGGGAUGAUCAAAUGUUAAUGCCUGAACCACCAGCUGCCGAGUGUGUUGAAGUUGAGGCCUUAUUGUGGCAUCAUUAAAUAUGAACCGCUGGAUCUUACUUUCUUGUUGGUUGAGUUAAUUUAGUGCCCUUUUUAAUUUUCAUUUUAUUAGGAUAUUUUGAGUACUUUACCCCUUUUGCCAAUAGGAGUUGUUAUCUAGAAAUCUAUUUUUAAUUAAUUUAUGUUAUUUGAUAUUC